CCGGUGGAAUGAGAGUGUAUAGGCUUAUGUGCUGUCUCUUCUGGCCUCACGAUACAGUCAAUCUACUGUCAGAAAGGAGAGCCUAACCCUAAGCUGACUGGACAAUGUCAGACAAUAUACUUGAAGACAUUUUUAUAAAGCGCUCCCAGCAGAAGAAGAAAACAUCACCUCUAAAUUUCAAGGAAAGGUUGUUCAUAUUGACACAGGAAAAGAUCUCCUACUAUGAUUACGAUGCGGACAAGGGGAAAAGGAAGUGCCUGAAAGGGUCGGUGGACAUUGAAAAGAUCAAGUGUGUCGAGACAGUGCUUCCGGAAGAGAGCGCACCUGCAGAGCGACAGUAUCCCUUCCAGAUCAUCUAUGAUGAAGGACCACUUUACAUCUUUGCCAGGAACGAUGAGAUUAGGAGACGCUGGAUACACAAGCUAAAACACGUGGUACGGUUUAAUAAGGACCUGGCACAGAAGUAUCACCCAUGCUUCUGGAUGGAUGGGAUGUGGUUGUGCUGCAAGCAGGAGGUCAAGCAGGCCAUGGGUUGCCAAGUGCUGGAUGCCAGGAAUGGAGGAUGUAUGAGUAAGCGACGGAAAUCCAGGAAACCCCCACAUCCUACCCCAGAAGAGGAGAAGACUCCCAGGCAUGUUCCUCCACAGCCCCCACCCCCACGGGCCACCCCAGGCCAAGGAAAGAUAGUUAUUGCACAGUAUGAUUACACACCCAUGACUGAACAAGACCUGGAGCUGAGAAGGGGAGAGGAAUACACCAUCCUAGAAAUGCUGGAAAACCACUGGUGGAGAGCCCGGGACAGAUAUGGCAAGGAGGGCUUCAUUCCCAGCAAUUUUGUUUUCGAAGCUGGAAAUAAGCUUGAGAACUUUGAAUGGUAUUGCAAGAACACGAACCGCAGUCAGGCGGAGGAGCUGUUAAGGACAGAGAAUAAAGAUGGUGGGUUUUUGGUGCGAGAUUCAAGCAAAGCUGGAAAGUACACCGUCUCAGUUUUCACCAAAAGUGGAGGGGACACAACGGGCAGCUGCAGGCACUACAACAUCUGCAUCACACAACAGGGCCUUUUCUACCUGGCAGAGAAGCACAACUUCAGCAGUAUUCCCGAGCUCAUAAACUACCACCAGCACAAUUCUGCAGGGAUGGUGAGCAGACUGAAGCACAUUGUCUCAAAUCAGGCCCGAAGCACGCCUUCCACUGCUGGCCUGGGAUAUGGUAACUGGGAGAUUGACCCACACCAUCUCACCUUCAUGAAGGUGCUGGGUAAUGGUCAGUACGGUGUGGUGAAGUACGGCAAGUGGAAGGGUCGGCAUGAAGUGGCUAUCAAAAUGAUCAAGGAAGGCUCCAUGUCAGAGGAUGACUUCAUCGAGGAGGCCAAGGUCAUGAUGAGACUCUGUCACCAGAAUCUGGUUCAGCUGUAUGGUGUCUGCACCAAACAAAGGCCCAUUUACAUCGUGACAGAGUUCCUCUCCAGUGGCUGUCUGCUUAAUUACCUCCGGGAUACACUCAAGAAUCCAACGGCAAUCCAGCUCCUGGAGAUGUGCAAGGAUGUGAGUGAGGGUAUGGCCUACCUGGAGUUACAUCAGUACAUCCACAGAGACCUGGCUGCUAGGAAUUGCCUGGUCGCUGCUAAUGGGACAAUAAAAGUCACUGACUUUGGAAUGUCAAGAUAUGUACUGGACGAUGAGUACACAAGCUCUGUAGGAUCGAAGUUUCCUGUGCGUUGGUCUCCCCCAGAGGUCCUGCUCUACUGCAAGUUCAGCAGCAAGUCUGAUGUCUGGGCUUUCGGGGUCCUGAUGUGGGAGGUCUACACCCAGGGCAAGAUGCCCUAUGAACGCCUGAGUAACACAGAGAUUGUGGAUAGGGUGUCUGGUGGCCUGCGCCUGUAUCGCCCCCAGCUGGCCAAUGAAAGAAUUUAUGGUAUCAUGACAAGCUGUUGGCAUGAGAAACCAGAAGAGCGUCCAGCCUUUCAGGACCUUGUGAAGACUAUUGAAGAUUUGCUGUAUGACCUUCAGUGAGAGGGCAUGUCAACCAUGGACAUGUACCAGUCCGCUUCUUAAACUGCUAUUGCCUCACAGAAGAAAAGUGCUCAAGAGCCUCUAAUAUGAUGAUGAUCUGACACAGUCACUAGUAGCAGGACAUCCACACAUCUGAAGAUCUGGAGGGCUAGGCCUCUGCUCAUGCAAGUAGUCUUCAGCUACAGAUCUCAAAAGGACCAAAACAAUGUGAACUGCAGAUUAAUUUAAAAUGCUUGUGCUAAUGGAAAGCUACGGGACUAAUCUCUAGGCCUCUGAGUAUAUUUUCGAUAGGUGACCACGAUGUGCAAAUGGUCUUUUAUUUUAUGUAGAUGGUAAUAGACAUAAGCAGCAACUUGGUUCAUUCUUAAUUCAUUGUGUGAUACACAAUGUUUAAAUGGUGCAGAUAAGUGUUGUUUCAACAAAUGAGAAUUCAUGCCUCGCAUUGUAGACCAUGCUUUAAUAAAUUUGGACUACAGUCAAUUUAUCUGGGUGUGGAUAAUUCAGUUUGUGAAUUACCUGGGUAAGGGUCAGGAAGCAGACACAUUAUUGACAAA